UUCUAUUGUAUUUUAUUGCUUUACUUUAUUUGCAUUAUUUUAGUUGUUCUGUCUGUCUGUAUGGAUAUAACAAGUCUACCAGGUUUUUGUGAUAUUAAAAAAAACAAGACCAAGAUACAUCUUUCCAAAACGUUUUCACUUAUUAAUGAGACAUAUAACCUCUACAACUCAAUUGACUUGAUUAUUAAAAUAAAAUAAAAUAAAUGUUUUGUAUCUUUUCCAGAAGGGACACCACGGUCAACGAGUUCACGCCUUGGUUUUGUCGAACCAUAACACAUUUUCUCGCGAUGUUAUUGUUCAAUGGAACCAAGGUUGAACUUUUUGACCGGUAUGUUUGGCACAAACACUCAUCAUCACCAAAACAACACCAUACUUACAGUGAAGCAUGGUGGUGGCAGAAUUAUGCUUUGCAAAAAAAAAAAAUAAUAAUUAAAAAAAAAGAGGAAAAAGCCUACUAGAACAGCUGAAAUGUAUUUUCGGUUAAUCACAGGGACUAAAUGGUAGCAGGUUGAUUGUGAACAGUAAUACAUGAUAUAAUAAUACAUGAUCUGUCUAUCUGUCCAUUCCAUCCGGAGUGUUCGUCAACGAGUUGGUUAGAUAGGGUUAAUGAAGUGCCCGCGGAAGAGUUCCUUGAAAUGAUCCUGUGAGUCAACUAGUUCCCGUUUGAGACCGCCUCCUCCUUCUCUCGCCAGCCGCCGCGCUGCUCCGCCUUAGGUUUCACCGUCUUCUUGUUCUGUUGUUGUUGUCUUUUUUAGUUGUCACCCAAUAGUUCUCGUCUCGCAGUGAGCUGGACUCGGAUCGAAAGUGGCCGCCCGCCACGCUCGCCCGCAGGUGCUCCCUUCUGAUGGACUGAGCUCAAGUGUGGGAUGGUCAAGGCGGGCAGCAGGCAGAACGUGAUGGCCGUGCAUGGCGCGGUGCUGCUGCUGGCGGUCACUGUGGCAACAUUGUUCACCACCACGCUGACACUGAUUCCCACCCUCAAAGAGAAAAGGUGUCCAGAGGGAGACUAUCCCGUAAAUGGCAUAUGCUGCAACAAGUGCCCACCGGGUUUCAAGUUGGUGGAAAAGUGCAUCGCCGAGGGCAUGAGGACGAACUGCACACCAUGUGCUGCUGACGAAUUUAUGGACCACAUGAACUACUAUCCCAAGUGUAUGCGAUGCAGAGCGUGCAGACAGCAAAACAAUGAAGUGGAAGUAUCCAAAUGUGAACGUCACCGAAACACUCUCUGCCGCUGUAAGGACGGCUACUACAUCUUCACUAUCGACUCAGAGACGAGUGAAUGUCGUAUAUGUACGCUGUGCAACUCUGCUGAGAGAGAAGUCCAAAAAUGUACGGCGGAGAGGAACACUGUGUGCGAGUGUAAGGAGGGUUACUACAGAGUGAACAGGAAGUGUGAGCGAUGCAAGAGUUGCGUAGCAGGUUGCAAACAUCUCUGCAAGUCCCUUGCUUCCCACAAUCCAACGGAUUCCGAGAGCGGAAGCGGAUACCUUGUUCACGUCCUGACUGCAGUGGUGGUUCUGGCCGUGACGUUGUUGAUGCUGGUCAUCUUCUACAUGGCCACAAAGCGCUUGACCAAAAAGACGCUCUUGAAACCAUCAUCCGGAACACCGAAGCCACACGGGGCCCUGUUUCUGGAUGGGGAAGUGCCAAGAAUAUCUUUCAUUGAGUCUCCUGAGAGCGCAACGCUUUUGAACGACCAUUCCAACCUGCCUGACUGUGUCCCACUGGAGAUCAAGACCCACGACCUCAUCUACAUGCUGCUCGACCUGGUUCCCGUGCAGCAGGUCAAGCAGCUCGUGCGUUCCCUCGGCGUGACCGAGACCGUCAUCGAACGGGCCGAGCUGGACCACCGUGCCAGCAAGGAGGCCCACUACCAGAUGCUCAAAACGUGGGCAGAGAGGGGCUGGCAGGCCAGCAGUGGCGGCGGCGGCGGCGGUGGUGGCGGAGGAGGAGGAGGAGGUCGAGGAGGAAUGCUGCACUCAGCUUUGCUGCGGGAGCUUUUACUCCAACUUAGACUGAUGUACCUCGGGGGGGUGGCCGAGGAGCUGGAGAGAAAGUACAGCAUUCACUAAGUGUUUGAUGUUUGCCAAGAGGGACGAGGAAAAAAAAAAAAGAUUGUAAAUACAUUGUUCAUGAAUGCUCCAGGUCCGUUUUGCCCCACCUUUAUUGAGCCAAGGAACAUACAUAUUUUUCAUUAGAAAAAUCUCACGGCACACCGCCAAACAAAAAUGUCACAAAAAGCGUAUAUAUACAGUACUGAAAUAAUGAUGAUUUUGUCUCAAGUUUACUGACAAAUGUACUUAUUUUGAAAUUUGGGCCUUUCAGUAUACUGUACAUCAGUGGCAUAGAGAAAUGAACGAAAAUACAUUAUUAGUAGUAAAUAAAAAAAUUUCCAACCAAUUAA